AUGCAGUCUAACGAUGAUGGCCCCUGCAUUUUGCUUAUGCUUCGGAUUAUAAUUGGAGUCUUUGGGAAUGUUUUACUCCUUUUCUUGUAUGGCUUUAAUUUAGUCACUGGUCAAAGGAUAAGACCGAUAGAUCCAAUUUUUGUUAAUUUGUUCCUUUCCCAUAUUAUAAUGAUUCUUUUCAGGGGAGUUCCCACAGCAAUCCAAGUAUGUAUCCAGAAAAUUUUCCUGAGUGACACUGAAUGCAAAAUCAUUGUUUAUCUGCAGAGAGUGGCCCGAGGACAUUCACUUUGCAAUACCUGCCUCCUGAGUGUCUUCCAGGCUGUCAUCAUCAGUUCCAAUAACUCCAAAUGGGCCAAGCUCAAAGCCAAUGCCCCAAAAUACAUUGUUCCAUCGUGUGUCUUCAUGUGGGUACUCAAUUUGUUGGUAGAUGUAGUUGUGCCUUUACAUGUGACUGGCCCUGGAAACAACUCGUUCAGUGACCUUAAGAAGAACCUAGGAUACUGUUCAAUAGACUGGCAUGCCAUAAAAACCUCUAAUCUUGUUAUGUGGAAGACCCUUUAUGAUGUGGUAUUUCUGGGAUUCAUGGCCAUUUCCAGUGGCUACAUGGUGCUUUUUUUGUUCAGACACAAAAGGCAAGUCCAACACCUUCAUAGCACUAGCGCCAAUCCUAUUGCCACCCCAGAAACCAGAGCCACUAAAGUAAUCUUGUUGCUCAUGAUUACCUUUGUAUGCUCUUAUUCAGGUAGUUCGAUCUUUAUUAUUGUAAUGGAAAAAUCUAAAGCUACAAGCCAGUGGGUUAUGUAUAUGUAUGCGUUUUUUAAUUCUUUUUACUCAACAGUAAGUCCUUUUGUUUUAAUCAGUAGUGAUUCACAGAUCCUCAGUUGUAACAUUUUCAAAAGAAUAAAAAAUUCUCAUACCCAUUCAUUAAAAUCUCAGAACAAAUAUAUUUAA